AUGUUCUGUUUCCAAACGCCGUUCACACGCGCGUCACGCGUGCUCGUGUCCUCCCUGUCUUCGAACAAGACGAAAACCUCGUCGAUGAGCAUGAUCCUUCCAGUGGAGAAGACGUCGGGCUCCAAGUGUGACAGGCAAGACUCGGAAGUGACGAGCGAAGGUUCCGGCUCUUCUAUCGGUUAUAUUGACCAGGAACCACUGGUUUCUGACACGAGCAGCACCGACAGCACGCUUCCGGAUAUCAAGGCGGAUUACCUCGAUCCUGAGACCUUGUCGCCUGGGCCUGACUCUCUGACGGCGCCGGCAUCCGCCGUCGUCAUCCAAUCGUACAGCAACAGACGACGGUCGAAGAAGUUACUGCUUCGUCUACGUUCCAGCGACUCGUCGUCGAACAACAAAGAGGACAGUUUGGACACGGUUGACGAUUCGAUCGAAGCUGCGUUGGUUGCAUCCUCGAACAAGGAAGAAGAGCACAGGGACGAAGAGAAAGAAUACAAAUCUGGAGAAACUUUGCUGACGAGUUCUUCACCAUCGAAUGUAUUCAGCGAGUCGGAGAAGGAGAACGUGUCCAAUCAAGAAACGGAAACCGAGACGGAAGAAGGAUCCUCGUUACCUUUGAGCCCUGCUGGCCCAUCGACCGCAGGCUUAUCUUCAUCGACAGUACCUUAUUACAAUUUCCUUUGUGUCAAUGGUGGAUCCAUGCGACAGGAGAUGACUAGCACUAGCUCACCACAAUUGUCCUCGGAUAGCAAUCACAGGUCCAGCGGUGAAUCUAACUCUCCAGCCGAUGCUUGUAGUUCGUUCAACGUUGAGAAGAACUCGAGGUUAGACACGUUGAAGCCAGAGAGCUUAGAGAGCACGUUUUGCCUGCCUGCCGCGAGAUCUUGCCCUAAUUUGGAAAGGCAGAGCGCUGGAUGCUCGCCAACCAGCGGGUCGUUUAGUUCUACUCCUAGUCCCGGCCCUGUUGGCCCUAGAUUUAAACCCAUCGAAGAAGGGGACAUUCAGGUGUGCUUUUUGAAUUAUACCAAUCUCGUGAAGAAGAUUCUGUCGAGUAAAUAUCUGAGGAGGUGGGAGACGCAUCAUCUUUAUUUGAACGACACCUGUAUCUCGUCGAAAACGAGGACGGGAUUCUUUCGACAACCAAUACCUUAUAGUAACAUGUCGGACAUACGGAAAUAUGCUGUUACUAGAUGGGAUCCUACUUACAAGAACUGCCUUAGCAUAGUUCUGCCAAACAGUUCUCUUCUUCUCCAAGCGAAUAAUGCUUACACGAGGGACCAAUGGUAUCAUUCGAUACUAUGGAAGAGGAGCAUCUUCAAAUAUCAGCAUCUUGUAUCUCUAAAUACUCGAGAGGAAGUGAUCAUCAAAGAAUUGAAAUCGAUGGUAGAUUUCGCGUUGUGGACGUCGCUUCAGGAUGAAAGAGUGUCCGUAGCACCGUUGGAAGCUGUUGCAAAACACCUUGAAGAUCUAGUCGUCGAAGAAUCAUCCAGGAAACACACGGAAAAAUCAACCGAAGAAAUCUCUCGAUAUCGAAACGAUCGGAAACAUUGGGCGGAAGCUGUUCUAUCCGUGGUGUCGCCUCUUUUAGACAAAGUCGCGCUACCAGUCUGUUUAACGAGGGUUCUUGUCAAGCUGGUUCAACAGCAUCCGCAGUCUUCUUUGGUCACAGCUAUAAUUCCAGCGAUUACGAGGUGUCUCAAGCAUACAGUGGAUUUCGGCAAAUCUCUGGACAUGAGGAAAUUGUUGCAAGUAUUUAUAGCUGCUCUGUAUAUUGCGGAUGGAGAGCAAGCGAUCAGAGAUUAUAUCGCUUCGGUUCAUGGACCUGGAAGUGACUGCCCCCAUCCCAGGGUGCUUGCCAACUUAGUGUCCGUUUGCGUCGCAGCGAUUUUUCACAGAUCAGAAUAUGCCGAUUGGAGGCCCGAGUUUGGUGCUCUGUUGCAACCCGUGCCAUUUCCAGAAGAAGCUUUCGCUGUGAAAGAGGUCCAACAAUCGAUAUUAAUGCGUGUGGUCAGUCGUUUAGCGAAAGACACAAGAUGCGUUGUGCAUCGCGUUCUACUUCCGGUUAGAGAGCCGAGACCUGGAUGGAUCCAUAUUGUCGCACCGUCUAGUCCAGAUUGCCCUGAUCAAGGAGAAUUGUUUGGUGAAAUGUUAACUACUUUAUUGGCAUGUUGCUGUCGAAGAAAGAAAUUCAUCAAUUGGCUGAUGAAACAAGUACGCGACGAUUGUAUAUUACUGGCAGUGAGAGGUUGUGAAGCUGCUCAAGAGGCUCUCUGCUUAAUGUUAGAAUGGCAUUUGUUGUCGAGUAAAGAAGCGAAAUUGCAAAUAGUCAGUGCGUUAGAGUCGACCACUUCAGGCAAGGAACGUUACGCUGCUCUUUGCCAAAGGCAGAGGAAUUUGCAGCAAUUGCUGCGGAAAGGAGGUCCUAGACGAUUGACGUUACCAGCUCGUGCUACAGAUGCGGACGUCGCUCUUAUUCUAAGCGGAAGGGCUCUUGGCAGCCUGGAAUACCUCAGUUUGGCCUUUACCUCGGUGACUUCAGCUUGCGCCGAGCAGCUGAUCAAAUUACCAGCGUUGAGGCAUCUGAACUUGUGGGCCACGCAGUUCGGUGACGCUGGCCUACAAAUGAUCAGCGAGCAUCUACAGAAACUGCAGGUUCUGAAUCUUUGUGAAACCCCCGUUUCUGAUAAAGGAAUUUCUACCUUGGCCUCAUUAACGAAUUUAAGGAAACUGAAUCUAAACAGCACGAAACUGUCCGUUCAGACAUUCGAAUCUCUGAAGAAGUGUUUGCCAGCUUUGCAAGAGUUCGAUGUGAGAUACACGGACGCUUGGUAG